GCGGGCGGGUCCCGGGUCCCGGGUCCCACCCCUGGCGCGCAAUUGGCCAGAUGUGAGCGAGGGGAACUGCUGGGCCGGCCGAGCCGCAGGCAGAGUCGCGGGCGCUGCGCGGGGCGCGCCGGGCCGGACGGGAGGCGGCAGCUGCAGAUUCGCAGUCCGCUGGUCUAUGGUUUUGUGAUCCCCUAGGAGAAGAUGGCACAGCCCCUACACCUGAACCAGAAUCUCCCAGAUUUAGGUGGCCCCUUCUUGUACAGAGAUCAGGACGAUGGGGAGAAGAGCUCCUACUCUGUGGAAACCCCCUAUGGCUUCCUGCUAGACCUCGAUUUUCUGAAAUAUGUCGAUGACAUUGAGAGUGGCCAAACUCUCAAGAAGGUGCCGAAGCACCGGAAAGCGAAAGGGCCCAAGCAGCAGCCGAGUUCCCUGAGAAGCCCCAGCGGCCACGCCAGUGGAUGGACCUCCACCGAGUCUCUGGCAUCCAUGGCCAGCGAGGAUGGAAGGAACGUGCUCCUGUUAUCUCCACGCAUCAGAAUGCAGUCUGGGUCCUCAGAAAUGAGAGAGCCCCUGAGCAAACAGGCUUCCAACCCUGUGUCUCCAACUCCAGUUAUAAAUCUCCUCCCACCUCCUGCCCCCAAAUCCCUCAUGCGAAAUCCCCGGGUGGAGAAAACCCUGCAAGAGACAAGUAGGAGGCUGGAGCUAGAACAGCUCCAUUUGCUGAGUAGUGGAGAUGCCCAGAUGACUGGGCCACCCAGCAGUCCCUCCAAAACAUGGAUCUCCGUCUCCAGUACCGCUUCUUUUCACCAGACCCGCUCCUCCUCUGCUGUCCCUUUGAAUGGAAAUGGGGACAGCCAAGCCACACCUGGCCCGUCUCUGACGGGCUCUAUGAGAAUGAGCCCUUUGAAUUCCGGAAGGAGCACCCCGGCCACCAACAUCAGCCCAGCGCAUCUGCAGCAUGUGCGGGAGCAGAUGGCUGCUGCCCUCAAGCAACUCAAAGAGCUGGAGGAACAAGUUAAGACGAUCCCAGUCCUAGAAAUGAAAAUCUGCAAACUGAAGCGGGAGAAGGAGAAGCUGAUGGCGGGUUUGCAGGAGCAACCCCUGCCCGAAACGAGCGAGGCUUCUGUUUUCAGCUUUCCACCCAGGUCUCUCGGCGCAGAGGUUGCCAGGGCAAGCCAGGAGGCUCCCGCGGAACUGGAAAGGGAACUGGAGUCGGUGAAGGCUCGAGCAAGUAAAAUCACAGAGUUAAGGAGACUCACUGAGAAACUGUCUGCUUCGGACAGGAACGUGCGAGCCAGCAAGGCGGCUGCCCGCCCCGCAAAGGCCAUGGAGAAAGCGUGUAAGUCUGUAGGUGUGGGCGAGGGGGUGAACAUGAAUGAGGCCGUGUUCUACUACCGAUCUCAGAAGCCAUGCCAUGAGAUUGCUGUUGGCCAAGAGACUGAGACCAAGGACGCUGCAGUGUGGGUUGUGGAGUCCUUGUUAGGGCUUCCGACGGAAGCAGAGAAGGAAAUGGAGCUGCUGCAGCACACGAUUGGCCACCAGAGAGAAGUCAUCGCCAUGAUGGAAGGCCACUUGAAGGACGCGACUAAGGAGCUUGAGGAGUUAAGAGUAGAGGUUUGUUCCAGAAGGCCAAGAACUUUGAUAGAUAAGGAAAUAAUGGCCAAGCCUCAGAUGGUAGAAGCACACGCAGAGGCUGCGGUACCAAUGCAGAGCCAGGGGGUGGGCAGCCACUUGGAAAUGAUCGAUAAGGGUGUGGAUUGCUCGCCAGAGAUGUUGUGCAUUGGAGUCAACUGCAAUUUGGAAAGUAGAGAAGUUGCUGUAGGUCCAGAUUCACCAGCCCUGUAUGAAGAGAAGGACACCCAAGCUGAUAUAGAGGCAGGAAUCGAUGCAGCAAUGGAAGAAACAGAUCAAGGUGUGGCUGGUGAUAAGUCUAAACAAACCCCCAAUGGAGCCGGAGAAGGUGGAAACCAGGUGGACGUUGCUGAGUCUGGCGUCGCCAGUGGCACUAAGACAGCCAUGCCUCAGGGAGGGACAGGGAUGGUGGAAGUGGAGCAAGGGUCACGUUUAAUUCCCCAGGACUCCAGGAAUGGGGUGCACGAGUGUGCGAGUGCAACGCCGGAAAGGCCUCUGGAGAAGGACAGUAACGCUCCUCUGAGUCCUGGGGCUGGUGCACUGAAGUCGAUCAUGAAGAAGCGAGACGGGUUUCCGAAGAGCGAGGCCGAGGGCGGGAGGAAAAGCCUGCAGUUCGUGGGCGUGCUGAAUGGGGAGUACGAGAGCACGUCCAGUGAGGAGGAGGAGGAGGACAGUGAAGACAGCUCCUCUGAGAAGAUUUCACCCACCAGCUCUGACAGCGACGCGGAGGACGAUGCAAACACCUGGGACGAGAUCGGUGCGAACGUGGGUGAGACUGCGAGCAGCGUGGAGGGUCCUGAGCCGGGCACAGAGCAGAGGAAGAGAAACGGGGAGCAGGGGACAGAGAGUGCACCAGCAUUGGACCCCACCGAGGUGAAGGAGAAGUUUGAACUGAGCCCAAGGAUGAGAGAGGCCUGCAUGAUUGUGAAGCACCACCUCAGCCAUCCCAGUGCCGUGAAGAGCAAAGAGGUGCUGGCCAGCAGCAGCAUCCUUCUCCAGGAGUGGUUCCGAGUGUCCAGCCAGAAGUCCUCUGUCCCAGAGCUGGUCGCCAGCCACCUCCUGGCCUUCGCGGAGGUCUCUCCGGGGAUGCUGGCCCACGUGGUCAAUCUCUCGGAUGGGAACGGUAACACAGCUCUCCACUACAGCGUCUCACACUCCAACUUCCAGAUCGUACAGCUGCUCCUGGACACAGGGGUUUGCAACGUUGACCAUCAGAAUAAAGCCGGCUACACAGCCCUCAUGCUGGCAGCUCUGGCGUCGGUGGAGCACGAAGAUGACAUGAACGUUGUCAGGAGACUUUUCAGCAUGGGAAACGUCAAUGCCAAGGCGAGCCAGGCUGGCCAGACGGCGCUGAUGCUGGCGGUCAGCCAUGGCAGGCAGGAGAUGGUUGAAGCCGUGCUGGCCUGCGGAGCUGACGUCAACCUGCAGGAUGAGGAGGGCUCCACAGCCCUGAUGUGCGCCUGCGAGCACGGGCGACUGGAGACCGUGAGGCUGCUCCUGGCCCAGCCAGCUUGUGACGUCUCCAUUGUGGAUAACGAUGGGAACAAUGCCGUGGCCAUCGCCCUGGAGGCCGGUCACAGCAACAUUGCAGUAUUGAUGUACGCCCACCUCAACAACUCCAAGGCACAGUCACCCCAGGGGACCCCACCGAUAGCCUUGAAGAGCUCUAGCAACCUAAUGAAGAAACAUUAGAGCAGCCUUCACAUCCCAGGCAGCUGGAUUCUCCAGGCACUCACUCCUAUAUCUCAUCACAUCCAAGAACUCGAGCCCAGUCCAUAUGUUGUACCAUCCCCUAAGGUCCCAUGUGUUUAUAUUCCUGUCAAGUGUGACAGGCAUCUGUUCUCAGCCUAAUUAACCCAAUCUCCGCUGAAGGGAAGCAGCUUGCACUAAUCUGUGUCACGGGGGCUGCUGUAGAGUGAAACAGAGGGUCACUUCCAGCAUUUCCUUUCUUCUCCCCACCUUGAUGCUCGUCUAGCUAAACCGGGCAAGUCCCCUACCCGGGGCCGCCAUGAGCACUGUUUAUAACAUCAGACCUAGAGCUGGUAGAAAACUUGGGUUUCAUCAUGGAAAUUUUCAGCAAAAAUAGGAAAAAAUCAUCUGCAUCUAAAUUUUCCACAGAACAUUUUAAUUUUUCAGUGGAAAUUUUAAUACCAAAAUACCUGAGGCUAAAAACAAAACAAAAGGCCAAAAAUCAACCGUUUGAUUGGGAAAUGCAGCUGCAGCUGUAGUUGCUCAGGUCCCAGUCUCCUCUCCGGGCGGUAUUGUUCUGCUGCUUUCUGACACGUACACUCUGUCGUAUCAACCUUUGAAACAUAACAACUGCUGCUGGUCACUGCCCUGCACCCUGGCUCUGCCUUGCUCCCAGUUCCUGCAAGAUGUCUGACUGCCACUUCCUGGGUUUGUGCCCUUGUCAUGCAUAUGCGUAACUUCAUUAGCAUACUCCACACAUCUUUCCUUUUUUUAAAAAAACAAACUACAAAUAAAACAAUACCCUCAUUGUUCAUACAA